AUGGACCGGGACGACUGGAGCGGAGUGACAGAUCCAGCCGAAAGAAGGAAGCGGCAGAAUCGCCAGCGUCAGCGCCUAGCACCACCAGGUGAGAGAAAAAGGACCGCCGCUUUUGCAAAGCUUACGUCCAGUCCAACGCUGCCUCUCAUGUUUCCACUGAGCCCAGACCAUUGUCUUCUCACCAUGGUCCAGUACAAUGUUCAACGCGCGUCGCUGUUCAACAUGGCAGUUCUAUCCCUUCUAGAGCAUCUUCCUCUAGAAUGUGGGGGCACCCUCAACCUUCCAAGCCUUAACAUUGAUCCGCCCAGCUGCGUCCCCCCUGAGCUUCUGCCCACUGCUUUGCAGAUGGCCACACCUCAUGACUACUGGAUAGACAUAUUCCCAUGUCCCGCCAUGCGAGAUAAUUUGAUUCGCCUCUAUAAGCAGUUUGAUGCUCAUGACCUUCAACGCGACCUGGCGAAGAGUCUGUAUGAAGGCUUUGUUGACGGAGAGCAACGCGGUUGUAUGGUCUGGGGUGAGCCAUGGACGGUCAACGGCUGGGAAGUUAGCAGAGGAUUUGUUAGAAAGUGGGGGUUCUUGCUCAAGGGCUGUUCCGAUCUUGUUGCAUCAACGAACCGCUGGAGGGAGUCUCGAGGCGAACAUCCAUUAGUCAUAGAAGUAUGA